AUGUCUUCAGGUUUCGAAUUCGGAGAUUGGAUCUUUCUCCUUACCAGCAUGUUCGAGACGCUGAUGUUCUGUGGCUUCCAAACUGGCUGGUCAUCGCUGGUCUAUGUGCUGGUCGAGGAAGGCAUCUACUCUCAUCUCUGUAUUGACGAAAAUCCAGUGAUUUCGUUACAAUGGAACAGUACAAAUUCAUCUUCACAUGUACAACCGAUCCGCAAUGCAACCGAGAACAACAAUUGCAUCGCGCAACAAGAGAUGCUCAAUUUGGCAUAUACUCUUGCUACCUCCGUAUCCUCGCUGGCUGCGUUUCCUAUAGGAGUAGCGAUGGACUGCAUUGGACCCCGAUUCACACGGAUCAUUUCAGGGUAA